AACGUGAACCUCAACGACAACCACUCCGAGGGAGAUAGCGUGUCUCCCUAGCAACUUAAUGCGAACCAGAACCAGAAUGCCCCUCAUCAGGAAGCCCCGCACGGUGGACUUGCUGGGAUCCCGCAAAUGGAUCCUGCUCUCCUGAUGCAGCUCAUGCAACAAAUGCUGAUCAUGAAUCAGAACGCAUUGGCUAGGCAGCCUGAGCCAAGGAUUACUUUGGAGAGAUUGAGGAAGAAUGGUGCUGAAGAGUUCCUCGAGGAGAACAUCGUUGAUCCGUUGGUAGCGUUCCGGUGGCUGGAGCGCGUACGCCGCGUGUUCGAGAACUUAAAGGGAGCAAAGCUGGUAGUGGAGCAAAAGGCAAACAAGAUGCCGGUUCAGGUAGCCAGUGCUGGUAAGGCCUAUUCGGGGAAGAGACCUCUGAGUGGGUCUGGUAUUCAGUCGUCCAAGAAAGCCAAGUCAGGACCAGCUCACUCAGUGGCAUCCAGCAGCAAGACAAGGCCGUCAAAGCAUCCGAUGAGGGAUUGUCCUACUAAUCCUGGUCUUCCGUUCCCCACGGCUGUAGCAUCCACUCAGACGACGGCUCCCCGACCUGCCCAGAGUCAGCGUUCGACGGCUAGGUCACAGCCACAGCGACCCCCGCAACAGCGGCAGCCUCAGGCUGCACCACAUCAGCAGGGCAGGGCUCCAGCGUGGACAUACGCUAUGCAAGGGCGUGUCGAUCCUAAUCCUGACGUCAUACUUGGUAUGUUUACACUCUUUGGUUCGGAUCUGUUAGCAUUGAUUGACCCUGGGUCUACACUGUCAUAUAUAUGUGUUCCUUUGCCUGAUAAUUCUGUUGUCGCGAGAGGUCAGUUGGAGAGUCCGAUGCUGGUGUCCAAUCCCCUUGGGCACAGUAUGAGCCUACAUCACGUCUACAGACAAUGCCCUUUGACCGCGCGUGGGAAGAUCUUUCUCGCAGAUCUUAUUGAACUUCCAUACAAGGAAUUUGACAUUAUCCUUGGAAUGGAUUGGCUUACCGAGCACCAGGCAGUCGUAGAUUGCAGUUCAAGGACUGUACGGUUGAGAGCACCGGAUGGAGACACAAUCAUGAUCGAUGGGGAGUUAUUUCCUAAGGCGCCUGAGUUUAUCUCUUAUAUGCAAGCCAAGAGAUUGGUCCGAAAGAAGUGUGAGGCAUUCCUAUGCACCGUGAAAGAUGUACGGAAGGAGCCACCUAGCCUUAAGGAUAUUCCUUCCGUACAUGAUUUUCCUGACGUGUUUCCUGACGAGCUACGAGAAAUCCGGAAUGCUCAGGAGGACGACGAGUUCUGUCGCAUGACACGGGACCUUGUCUCUAGUGGGAAGAGACCAGAGUUUACUGUUGGUGCUGAUGGAAUCUUGUUUUUCCGCAACCGUCUUGUGGUACCAUGCGGGGCCGUGAGGGAGCGGCUGUUACAUCCGACUCAUCGGUUACCUGAAGGCGUGGUGACUCUGGACGAGAACUUGACCUAUGAGGAGGAGCUGGUGCAGAUUUUAGCACGAGAAGUGAAAGAGUUGAGGAAUAAGCGGGUGCCUCUAGUCAAAGUCUUGUGGCGUAACCAUGCUGUCGAAGAGGCUACGUGGGAGACCGAGGAGUCCAUGAGAGUUCAGUAUCCUCACCUUUUCUGCGAUGAUGGUUCAGAUUGGAUUGGGGUUGUGUUGGGGGCUAUUUUCCGGCGAUUCGACGGCGGCUGGCUAGUGGUGGCUACGGCCGGCGUACGGGCAGUUUCCGGUGGGUCCAAUUUGGAACCAAUUGUUGGGGCUGACCAGGUCGUGGGACCGACUGUCCGGGGUGUUGGGCCGGUGGGUCCGGCUGUUAGGCCGGCUGCAUUGGGCCGUUGGGCCGGCAACGUUGGGCCGGUUGAGUGGGGCUGCCUGAACGGGCAGCGGGUUGGGGCUGCCGGGUCGAUCCAGUGGGUUGUCGGCUGAUCCGGUGGUGAAUGAUAUUGCUCAGGCGGGGGCAGGCGGGCCCGAGGAUCGAUUCCUUGGUCUCGAUUCCGCGCAGAGCAACGACGUCGACGUGGAGGCAGGUGAGCCCGCGACCUCUCGAGGUCCGGAUAAAGGUAAAAAAAAUAUAAAUCAGAGUUAUUUGUUUAUCAUUUUGACAAAGAAACAAAAGAUGGCGUAGUUUAUGGAACUUGUAAACAUUGUGGGACCGUCAUAAAAAUGGGAGUCUCCGGCGGUUAUGGCGGUCCGGAAAAACACCUAAGGUCGAGGCAUCUCGUGGAGUACGCCAAAUACACGGCGAAAAAGAAAGGAUGACAAGAAGUGCAAACCCAAAUUUCUCGGUUUGCUAACAGAGGGACUAGAAGCUAUGGGCGGAGUUUUGACGAAUAUUAAAGAAGGAAUUAAAAGAAUUUGGGGGGCUCGUCUUGUUUCGAAAAAAUGGAAGAUUUUCUGUAAGUCUAAAGGUAGAAAAGAAAUAGUUUUUGCAAAAGAUAUCCACAUUAGAUGGAAUAGUACAUACAAAUUGAUUCAUCAGAUUCUAAAAUAUAAAGAGGAACUUGCUGNUUUUAAUAACGCAACUCUUACUUUUUCUCAUGUUUACCAACCAACUACAAAUACAUUUUUAAAAGAGUGCGUUACAAUCGCAACAUGUUUUCGUGAAAGUAAGGCUGAUCCAGAUUUGUACCCAUAUGUCUCUCCUAUGAUACAAAAAUGGUGUUCUUAUUAUUUGUACAUUCCUGAUAUUUAUAAAAUAGGUAUUAUUUGUGAUCCACGCUUUAAAAUUGAAAAUUAUAAAAUUUUAAUUGAUUAUUACUACAAGUGUUUUUUAGAUGAAAAUAGUUAUUACUACUCUUAUUUAGUAGAAUGGAAAAAAGAAAGAGAUAAUGCUGUA